AUGAACUUACCUGACAUUGGCUCGUUAUCACUCAAUGGAACAGCGUCGAAGAUGCAAGGAGCACCUGCUCCGACGCUCCCGCCGGACAUCGCUGAGGCGGACACGUCGGAUCGGGGGAUGGCAAAAUUGAAGUCCUAUGCGGAAGCCUUGCCCUAUUCAAUAGAACCUAAUUCUAAAAUGCAAGAUAUGCUAAAUCUCAUAAUAACACGGAUUGUGCAGUGUGUUGAAGCGAAGGACUACGAUCCCGGAUUUCUGCAAUGGGAAAGCAUGCUGACUUAUUGGACUAUGCUCAAAUAUCCCAUGCCGAAGCAGAAACGAAUUGCCCUUGCUAGGAUAUACUAUCACAUGUGCACUACCCCUGGCAUGCCCACGCACAUAGUCGCGACGUGCGCUGACGGGUUCCGGGCCUUGACCCGGUCCAAGAAGAAGAUUUCCAUAGAGGAUCUAAGGCUCCCUUGGAAGCCCGUCUUCAAGAUAUUGAGCAAAGACCUAUACCUUACUAGGCGUCAGUUCGAAAUAACUCAGACAUCAUGGUAUAUGGGAUAUGUCGCAGAUAAUGCCCGCAGGUUCUUCCACCCAGCAGCCAUUGAUGAAAUGCUGGCGACAUUCUUGCCUAAUUUCAAUGGCACGAACUUGGACAGCGUCCUCGCUACACAAUAUUAUAUGGUUACGUUCCUCCCUUUGACACAUCCGCAAUCCUACCUUCCGCUGUUAUUCCGUCUAUGGGAGUCUGUCAAUUCGUACAUGUACGAUGACAGGAUGCUCCAACUCUUGUCUCGCCUGGCGGAAAUGCACGUAGAUCCCACGGUUAGCGAUCCUGCUAGGAUCAAUGAAAUUCCAGACGACGCGAAGUCAGAAGAUGAGGGCAGGCCUGACUGGCCGAAAACCGACUGCUAUCCCGGCGGUCAAUGGAGCGGUGUAUACUCUGAUGUCGGGAUUUUCUCUGACCACGAGUGGAACCUGAUUAUGUGCAAAUGCCUGGCCUCCAUGGAGAUUCCUCUUGCUGACGGUGGAGGGUCGUUGACAACAGGCCCUUCCGCCGACAAAGAGGCCGGCUUCGAAAUUGGCCGGGUGCCAAAGCCAGCCUGGCGGAUAGCAUCUUUGGCGCAUAUCAUCGUUUACUCUAUGGCACCAGAUAGCAUGCCGUCGCCUCCAUCGAACAUGCCUACGCCGAUGGCUACCACGCCCUUUGGCGGUUCGGGUACCGCUACUCCCCACAUAAAUGACGCAUUCAACUUAGGAGACUACCUUUCUGCUCCGCUUGGGAGAGCAGGACGGGCCAAGUACCGGACUUAUCUGGGAGGUUCCAAGGCUCUGGACUCCCUAGCGAAGCUAAUCGCUUCCACCGAGAGUUUCUUCCAUCCUACGAACUCCGGUUCCUGGACAGCAGAUCUAAGUGCAUUCAUCAAGUAUAUUGUCUAUGACUUCAACAAACGCUGGCACGAAGAGCAGGACCCGGCAUGCAAAACUCCCAGGAAUCGAAGAUUGACUCGAGACAUGAAACGGGAACUUGUAAAAAGUCUGCGAACUGUGGCUCUGCUGGCCAUGUUCUCGCAAGAAUCAACUACGGUUUCUAAUAUCCAGAGUUGCUUGAAGUCAAUGAGUGUUAUGGAACCGGAUCUCAUUCUUUUCCCUAUCUUGGAACGAGCAAUACCAUCUUUGGAGUCGCUCGUGGAGACACAACGGACGAUGGCGGUCAUCAAGGCCCUCGGUGCUGUGGCGCCUGCCGUCGUUUGCCGCGACGUUUAUUAUCCUGGCGCGAAGCAUCUAAUUAAUAUUCUUGAGUUGCUCCUGCCUGGCAUAGAUUUAAAUGAUCCCUCGAAGACUCUAUGCACUACCGCGUUUCUCGUGGAGAUAUCUCAAUACAUCAUGAUAGACGACCUGACAGCAUAUGAUGGGGAUGCAGUCGACGGUAUGGCGAUCGACAUGGAGACUCCUUCAACAAAGAAGCAGCUCCGCAGCAGGCUCUCAGAAGCCAUGCCCAUGCUCGAUUUUCGAACGCAUCAUGAAAAUAUUGAGCCAGGUCAAGAGCGCCGAUUAACUAGGGCCGAAGAGGAUGCGCUCCUGAGGGACGCCACUGGAGCCUUCGCAGACUGGGUUACCAGUUUCUUGCGGAGAGUUAUCCAGCUCUUUGAGAAUUUACCAGACGAACGUGGCGAUGGGACCGCUGCUGGAGGCACUACCGAAAUCCAGAUUAUCGAUGCAGUCGCUGGAGCCUGCAGCCAAAUCUGCGUACAUUUGUCCGAGCCAUUAUAUGAUCUGGUGCUUAAUCUCGUAUACGACUACGCCACAACCAAUGUUCGGGCGAACGCUGUGCGCGCCAUACAUCAGCUGGUGGAAUGCAUUGCAAAUGCCAAUCCGGAGAAGACUCUUGCUAGAUUCUUGCCUUUCUGCUCACGGAACAUCCGUGCCGAGUUGGAAGGGGGUGCGAGUUCCAUUCGCACAACUUCCACAGCGUCUACCUCUCUUCCCUCUGAUGCAACGUUGCAUUGGAAUUUGGCUAUCUUGAGAGGAGCUAUGUACAACGAUGGAAGGGCUGUUGUCAAGUACAAGGAAGAGCUUCUAUCUCUGUUGAGCCUGCUGCAUGACAAGACAUUGGCCAAGCGCGGUUUCUCUUGGAGUGGCAAGCUACUAUCCAGCAUUCUUCUUACUUUGACGCACACGUACCCACUGGAGAACCGGUUCGUGAAUCCUGACGAAUGGGAAAGUGAAGGUGGGCCGUCAGUACAAGAGCAUAGACACGAAGAUGAAGCGGGUUUUGCAGAUUUCCGCGCCAAUCAUAUCCGGUAUUGGGGUAAACUGUACAAACCGGAAGAGGUGAAGAUCUCCUGGCAUGUUCCCAGUGCGGAGGAGAUCGACUUCGCCCUCGAGAUCUUCAAAGAUCUCGUCGAACCAACGUUGGAUCAAUUAUACAGGCUUCUGGAUAAAGAUGUAUCCCGAGAUGCCAUAUGGCGCAACGAUUUCUGCCGACAUUUGACGUUCGUGCGCGAUGCGUUCUCAGGAAUUCCUACCUUGGUAAAGGAGUAUAUCUCCUCAGAGGAAAUACGUCAUGCCAUGGAGACUAGUGACAUUCUGAACGAAAUCCCGGAAAUGAUAGCUACAGUCGAAGCGCUAGAGUGUGGCUUCCCACUUUCCGAUCCACAGGAUGAAAGGUAUCAGUAUAUAUCCACCUUGCGUCGCCGCUACGGAGAAUUCCUGCAUUUUGCUUCUAUUUCGUUGUUAAAGCAAGGCGAGGAGAAUACGUUGGAUGCUGUGCAUAUGCUAAUCCGCUCGAUACGAACUUACAUGCUUGAGUAUGGCGAUAACCGGGAUAGUUACUACAUACAGAGCGACCAGUACAAUACUGAACGAAGCGUAACGCGCCAGUAUGCUGGUCAAAAGAUCUGGCCUCGAGCGGUUUUCGUUCGUCGGGCUAGGCUUUACCAUUCUGCUCGGCUGCGGUGGAACUCGAUUGAGAGACGGCGAGGGCUUUUGGAGGACUCCCUCAUUGACGAUGUGUUGCAAUGGGCUAUGUGGCACUAUGCUAUAGUUAGAGAAUCCGCACAGUCUUUGCUCGAAUCCCUGUCUACUGUAUACGAUGGACUGCGUCGUCGCUGCUUGCCAACUUUAUAUAAAGCUUUGGACCCGGGUACCGAAGACGACCGGAUGAAAGGUGCCCUGUGGACCCUGACUUCUAGUAUCUUCGUCAAGUACGCCGUAUCAGAACCCACUCUGGCUAACCAGUUCAUCUCCAAAGUUUUUGCAUGUCAGCACAAUGAAAAGCCUUCAGUUCAAAAUCGUGUAGCUGCUUUGCUUGAUGGCUGUCUGAACAGUUUUGUCGAGCCAUGCUUCCUCAUUUACAGGAUUGAAAAUAAGGCGCUCGAUCGGGCUUUGCGACAACUGGAAGGUAUUCUUCCCUCUCACGGCCAAAACGACAGUCUAGUGUCUCGUUGUAAGGACAAAAGAGUUGAGCGCAUACGAAUGGCAAAUAAGGCCAUCGAGGCCACGACUGACGCAAUCCUGAAAAUCGCUGCCUCUACGAAAACCCAUUGGAAAUAUGCAAUCGUAGCCAUCAGGUGCCUGCGGACCCUCAUACGCCGGGAUUUACCACUAUCUCCCGCCAUCGCAGGCUAUUUCAUGCAGAAGACCCAUGACGCUCAUCCCUCUAUACGCUAUUAUGCGCAAAGAGCCUUGAUGAAGGUCUCGCGGUACAUCAAGCUUCGCACAUACCACCAUGAUGUAGUAGAUCUGGUUCUAGAACAGAACCAUCACCCGUUAAGACGGAUUGUCAAGAUCAAUUCUCCUUCGCAUGCAUUUACCCAAGACUUCCUCAAGAACUUUAGGAAACCUGUGGAUCGUGAGCUGGCUAUGCGGGAACCAUUACUGUGCGAUAAGGCAGCCACUGGGUGGCUAGCCUGGGGCGAGACCAUGGACUUUUUUUUGUUACCGCCCACUGAUGGUGCGACGCAGCAGUGGGAACCAGAUAGCGCAGCUGCUAUUGCCGCGAUCCGCGACAUUGCGAAAGACAUGACGUACUGGAAGAAACUUACAGGUCAUUUUUCUUCGGAGAACCAUAAUGAGACAAUUUCGCAAGACCACGUCUCUUGUGUAAAGUCUAUCUUCCAACUCCUGGGAGAUGAACCCUUAGACGCCAUGAGACCCGUAUUGGAGGAUCUCAUCAAGGACUCCGAUAAAAACAAGCAACGUGGCGCCGCCGAAUUAUUGGCCGGUCUCUUUGGAGGAUCGAAGCACUGGCCUGGAAAGAUUCAGCAACGAGUCUGGGACUGGUUUCAGCCGCGAAUCAGCAUGAUAUUCGGGCAGAGCGUCAAAACUGACACAAUGCUCAUCUGGACGUCAUUCCUUGAAUACGUAUUCUAUAAUAAGGACCCUCGUCGAGUGCAGCCAUUGGUCGAUUAUCUCGUCGACGAGUUCCGCCUGAUCGAUUAUAAUGGCGAAUCGUCCUUCGACGCAGUGAAGACUUUCUGUUUCUUCCGGGCGUUCUAUGAAGAGUUGAACUGGAAAUUCUGGCCUUGGACGGAAGAUAUCCUGCGGCAAUGUUGGCCUCAGAUAAGCAGCGAACACGAUGAUGUUCGCGCGUAUAUUGCUGAGUACCUGUCUUUCUGCGAUCGAGUCCAGUGGCAACCGCGGGGCUCCAUGCCCACAGCGGAAGUUGUGGUCCGAGAAAGUCGAACUGCGCCUCUCGAGCAGGAUGUGAUAGGUUCUCGAGGCUAUUUCCAUAGAGAGCACGUUUCGGAGCUAGUGAAGAAGUUCAAGAUAUGGCGAGAACAACGUCUCCCUGGUGUUCGAGCUUUCCAAUCGACCUACGAUAGAGUCGGCGUCACAGUAUGCAAGUGGCUCUGGCACUUGAUACAUGACACCCAUGCCAUGCCAGUCUUUGAUUAUAUCUUACCACUCAUGCCGGAGUUGUUCCGCUUCACUGAGCUUCAUGAUAAUGACGAGCUCUCUUCGCGGGCUAGCAUAUUGCUUGUCCGAAUGUGCGGGGUGACUCCGCCGCUUUCCCUCGUGAAUGCCGUCCUAGAUGCCAUCUUCGAUGCGAUUCAGAAUUCUCCCUCAUGGAGAGUCCGUUUGAAAGCAAUACCUCUAGUACAAGUGUUUUACUUUCGCCAGAUGCCGGUAAUUAGUGAGAUUAAGCUUGUGGAGAUACUUGAGGUGGUAUGCAAGUGUCUAGACGAUGAUGUCAUUGAAGUAAGAGAAAUGGCGGCCACAACACUCUCGGGUAUCCUACGUCUUUCCCCUCGUCGGAGCAUACUUACUUUGAAAGAUCGUUUCGUCCGAUCCCUCAAGGCCGCUUAUUUACCCGAUCGUAAGGCUCCAACGUACAACCGUGCACUUCGCCAGCGCCACGCCGCGAUCCUCGGCAUCUGUGCGCUAGUGGAUAGUUAUCCAUACACAGUCGAACGAUGGAUGCCCGAGCUUAUCACGAGCGUACUAGCAGAACACAACUAUGAUCCUAUACCAAUUUCUACGACGGUCAGCAAAUGCGCCAGUAAUUUCAAGAAGACCCACCAAGAUACUUGGCAUGAAGACUCUAAGCGGUUCGAUGAAGAACAGCUGGCGAGCCUAUCAACAUUGUUGACCGGUUCCUCGUAUUAUGCUUGAUUUGGUACCGAACGUAAUGCAUAGUUGAUGUUAUCCAGUUGCAUUAUCAUAAUCCGUAAUACUGUAAUAAUGCCCCUCUCCGCCGAGACCGUGACUGGAAACGUCGACGACGUCUAGGCCAAUAUAGCAAGAAUUAAACCCCAAAGAUUUGAGAUACACAAGAAGCUAGCUGUAGCCCAUGAAGGCAGUCCUCAACCCGAAGAAAAUGAGACAAGGUAAGACAUUUAGACUCGUAAAGGAGGUAUUUCAGUGUGCGAAGACGUCCGUGGCGGAGCGGAGGUCGGUGUCAAAGGAAGAUGGCCUGCUUCCGGGUCGGCAACUGCGAGGCCCGCAUCUGUAAGUUCCCUGCCGUCCGCCGUCCCCUUCCUCGCGCCAGCGUCGGGUACUGUGUCAAUUGGACGGUUGUUCUGUCCGGAGCGAACGCGAUUAUUCGACGUCUCCUCGCGAAUUUCCGCAAUCAAGUCGUCGAUGGCGUACCACGCGACAGACGAAUACGCUAUGCCUCUCCACCAACCGGCCAGGUCCGCCGGGGCAAUGUAGGCAUGUGCGUGCAGGUGAUCCGUAACGGGUAUUUUGUUGUCUUUGAACGGCGAGGUAAUGAAUCCUAUACGAAAGGCGGACUGGUCUGUCUGGAGCGGAGUUGAUGAGCUGCCGACUGAAGGGUGGUAUGCUGGGGAGGCUGGGGUGGAUAGAGAGGACAGGAGUUUCUUUCCAAGGAGCUUGACGUGGGAGAGCAAUGGGAGGUCACUUGAGGAUAGGGUGUACAGUGAUGGCACAUGCAAGUUGAACACUAUGACGAUGUGGCCCUUGCUGGACACAGGGUUCGCCUUUUCUCUAUAGCACGUGAAGUUGUCGUCUCGCCAGAGCACCUCUGGCUGCGUCGACCCAGCUUGAAAGACCGGGGAACGGGGAGAGUUCGGAAGAG